AUGGGUUUUCUUUUGGAUCAAGCGGUUUUUGGAACGGUUGAGAGCUGCGAGAUGAGAGACAAUGGAAUAAGGGAGCAAAGAACUUCAGAAUCGAUGAACAUUGGAUUCAACACGGAUAAAAGCCCCGAAGAACUACUACGACAGGAACUACGCAAAUUAAGAGAAGAGAACAACACAUUGCGACUACAAUUACAGUCCCAAAGCAGUCAUUCAGAACUAGCAGCACUCAAGAAAGAACUCUCGAUAGCUCACGAAUGUCACAGGAUUGAAUGUAUACUGAAGGAUGAAGCCUUGAAGUCCCAGAGGAACGCACAGGAAGUCGCUCUCGAGGCCCUUCAUGAACAACAUGGUUAUGCAGCAGAAGUAGCAUCGCUUAAAGGUGAAUUACGAACUGUGAGAGGAAGGCUAGAGGCUGCGAAGGCGGAAAUCUAUGAAGCACAGAAGCGGAAUGGCCAUUUGAGGGAGACUUACAGGGUAUUGGGAAGGAGGCUACUUGAGUUUGGAGCUGGUAUUACGGACGCUAUCGGAAUUGAACUAGAUUAG